AUGACAACCCACAUUGAUAAUCUGUGGGUGUUGGCCUUGGCCUCCAAAUGCACUCAAGAGAACAUUGCAUGGUCACUUUUGAUCAUGGCAUCUCUCUGGCUCACCAUGGCUUUCUUCUACUGGUCUCACCCGGGUGGUCCUGCUUGGGGCAAGUACUACUCCUUCCAUUACUGGAAAAAAACCACCUCAACCAACAACCUUAACCUUUCCUCGGAUACUAACAAAAUGAUUCCCGGUCCCAAAGGCUACCCCAUGAUCGGGAGCAUGAACCUCAUGGCCUCCCUCGCGCACCACCGUAUCUUUGCGGCGGCCAAGGCAUGCAACGCCAUGAGGCUCAUGGCCUUCAGCCUCGGGGACACACGUGCCAUAGUCACGUGCCACCCCGACGUUGCCAAGGAGAUUCUCACCAGCUCUGUCUUCGCUGAUCGCCCAAUCAAGGAAUCCGCCUACAGCCUCAUGUUCAACCGCGCCAUCGGCUUCGCCCCCUACGGGGUCUACUGGCGCACCCUCCGCCGCAUCGCCGCCACGCACCUCUUCUGCCCCAAGCAAAUCAAGGCCUCAGAGCUCCAACGCGCCGAAAUCGCCGCCCAAAUGAUCCGCUCCUUCCGGAACCGCCGCGGCGCCUUCCACCUCCGCCAGGUUCUGAAAAAAUCGUCUCUGAACAAUAUGAUGUGGUCGGUGUUCGGACAAAGAUAUAAGCUGGACGAGGCAAACGCAGAAAUGGAGGAGCUUUCCCGGUUAGUGGAACAGGGGUACGAUUUAUUGGGUACCCUUAAUUGGGGUGACCAUAUCCCCUUUCUCAAAGAUUUUGACCUCCAGAAAAUCCGGUUCACUUGCUCCAAACUCGUCCCCAAAGUGAACCGGUUCGUUGGUUCAAUCAUCGCCGACCACCAAGCCGACAUAACCCAAACUAACCGCGAUUUCGUUCAUGUUUUGCUCUCUCUCCAAGGUCCCGAUAAAUUGGCUCACUCCGACAUGAUUGCUGUCCUCUGGGAAAUGAUAUUUAGGGGGACCGACACGGUGGCGGUUUUGAUUGAGUGGAUACUAGCAAGGAUGGUGCUUCAUCCCGAGGUGCAAAAGAGGGUGCAAGAGGAGCUGGACGAGGUGGUCGGGGUUGGUAGGUCACGUGCUUUGACGGAGGAGGACGUGGCGGCGACGGUCUAUCUACCGGCGGUAGUGAAGGAGGUUCUGAGGAUACACCCUCCAGGCCCGCUUCUCUCCUGGGCCCGCUUGGCCAUAACUGAUACGACCAUUGAUGGGCAUCAUGUGCCCGCGGGGACCACGGCUAUGGUUAAUAUGUGGGCCAUAGCACGGGACCCGGAGGUGUGGGAGGACCCACUGGAAUUUAAGCCCGAGAGGUUCCUGGGCUUGGAGAGCGAGUUUUCUGUUUUCGGGUCGGAUCUGAGACUCGCCCCAUUCGGAUCGGGGCGAAGGACUUGCCCAGGGAAGAGUCUGGGUUUGAGCACCGUGACCUUCUGGGUGGCGAGUCUCUUGCACGAGUUUCAAUGGCUACCGUCCGAUGAAGCCAAUGGGGUUGAUCUAACGGAGGUUCUCAGGCUCUCUUGCGAAAUGGCUAACCCCCUCAGUGUUAAAGUGCGCCCUAGGCGUGGACUAAGAACUUAA